AUGUUGCAGACAUUAAGAAGUCGUGUUGUUGACGGCUGGCGUUCCCUUCCGAUCCCAAGGGCAGGACAAGGGGAAUCAGGGACGCGACCGCCACUUCUUCGACAGCCAACCGUGGAUGAUGCAUCCAGUAGAGAACCACUCAGUCCUCCAACGUGGAGCCCACCAGUUAAAUACCAACCAAGCGAAUUCGUCAAAAGCAGAGAACUUGGACGACUCGAUCCGAAUCUUUACUUGAAUGAAACCAAUGAAGAUCUCUAUGACGUCCCAUUGGACCACCUAGGUCGUGUGUGGUUUACUAUUUCUUAUGACGAGACAGCCGAACAGUUGCGUAUCACCAUUCAUAAGGCACGAAAUCUCCGAGCUCCGCACCACCAGUCACUUCGAUCGUCGGGCAGUAUUGCGCCUAGUGAAAUUACCACUCUCAGUCUUCUUACACCGACCCCCACACAAGACUGCAGAAUCAGGGUUUACAUUCAGCGCUCAGAGAAAAAGUUCCACGCAACCUCAAUCAAGAAGCAAACAAACAAUCCAACGUUUGAAGAAUCCUUUACCUUUCAACUUCCAAAGCACGAAUUGUCCAAUCAGAGCAUCAGACUCGAUGUUCUCUCAAUUGAAAAGACGAAGCGGACUUUGCUGAUAGGUUACGUCUCCUUUCCUUUGGCCGUCAUCAACCAAACUGGCUCUCAAUGGAGGCCAAUGCGCGUUGCUCGGGACCUCCAGCUGUGUGAUAGCUCAAAUGUAAAUCUUGUUCCUGGGAAUAUACUUCUCGUAGUAGCUCUGACAUACUUUCCAUCUGCUGAUCGGUUGACAGUCGGGCUUUUCGAGUGUCACAAUCUGCCACUCAAGGCAUCGGGACUGCCAAUCAGUGCGUCAAUUCUUCCAUACCCCACUGAUUGUCAUUUUAUAUCUUUCAUUACUGUAACCCAGGACAUAAUGAAUGAAGAAAGCAAUCAACGGUACCUCACCUGCUUCCCUCUAGGUGUUUACGCGAAGGUUAUGCUUAGCCAAGGCAUUCAAAGCAAACUUCUUAAAACAAAGCGUACCGAGUUGCUGGACCAACGGGAGAGUUUUAACGAGUCUUUCACUUUCUCCAAACUCGGAGACCCAAGCAAUAUUCACAUUCGAAUUGUGCUCACACAACCGGGUUUCAUUGAUAAACCGGUUGCCAUCGUCGUUCUCGGCAACGAAAUGGUUUCCAAGGGCAAUGGAAUUUCUCAUUGGGCCUCCGUGAUGGAGCAUCCAGAAUUGACCGUCACCGAGUGUCACGAAUUGCAGCCGUUAUGA